UUUCCGAUAAAGUAUUUAUCUCGAAGUGAACAAAGGAGAUGGAUAGUAGAUGGAGUCUUCGAGGAAUGACUGCUCUCGUGACCGGUGGAGCCGGAGGGAUCGGACAUGCAAUAGUGGAGGAACUUGCUGGAUUCGGGGCAAGAAUCCACGCAUGCGACAAGUCCGAGGUUCGUCUAAACCAAAGCUUACGUGAAUGGAAAGAGAAGGGCUUUCAAGUCAGUGGUUCAAUCUGUGACGUGUCCUGUCGGCCACAGAGAGAGAAACUCAUGCAGACGGUCUCAUCUUUGUUUGGUGGCGAACUCAACAUUCUUAUACACAACGCCGGCAUAUGUGUGAUAAAGCCAACCGUAGAAUACACGACCGAAGAUUUCUCGUUAGAGAUGGCUACGAACUUCGAGUCCGCUUUCCAUCUUUCCCAGCUUGGCCAUCCUCUCUUGAAGGCCUCGGGAUCUGGGAGCAUCGUGCUAGUGUCCUCAAUUGGCGGGGUUGUAUCAGUUCCUGCUGGGUCUAUCUGCAGUGCGUCAAAAGGAGCUAUGAACCAACUAACAAGAAACUUGGCUUGCGAGUGGGCGAGUGACAGAAUAAAGGCUAACGCUGUUGCUCCUGGUCUUGUCUUAACACCUCUGGUUGCCAGUCACAAGAAUUUAUUGGAGGGUGUCAAGUCAAGAACCCCACUCGGUCGUCUUGGAGAGCCGAAGGAGGUUGCAGCAGUGGUGGCGUUUCUGUGUCUCCCUGCAUCUUCUUACGUAACUGGUCAGACCAUCUGUGUUGACGGAGGUUUCACUGUUAAUGGUUUUUCUUAUAAACCACAGUCUUGAACCGUCGGAAACUCUUGCAAAAUACAUAAUGCGUACAGUUGCAAGUUUAUAUCAUACUAUAAACAAAUGAUGUUAAGAGUUUCACCAUAUGUAUAACUAAGGUGAUGCAUGUCCGUCGUUGUAUUACAGUUAUGGAUACGAUGAGUACUUGAACUGGUGUGUGUAUGAUUAUACCAUGUUUUAACGACUUAUCUUAUUUUAUGCACA